AUUAUUGUCCUAUAUAUACAUUUAUUAAUUAUCUUAAGUGUGUAUGAUGGUGGAAAUUUGGGAAGAAGACGUUCGUGAGUGGCCUGUUUUAAGCUUUAAUGAUAUAACUGAUUACUUUGUUAAUGUCCCUGCAUGCGAUGAUCAGCCAAAUCAUAACUACAGAAGUAUUCUUGAAGGGCAAAAUUACUUCAACUCUAACUGGAUCGACACAGUGUACCACAAGUACAGAUCUGUACAGUGCCGGAUCAUUGAUCUAAAGUCCAAAGUCCGUUACUCUCAAAUUAUCGGAAGGGAACAUGAUGUUCAGAUUACAGUCAAUAAAGAUGCCAACCAAAUUAUUGAUGUGGACUGUGACUGUAUUGCUGCAAGAGGCAAGUGUUGCAGUCAUACUGCUGGCUUAGCCUUCAAAAUCCUUGAAGCUAACAAACAAGGCUUAAUUGGCAAAGCUUGUACCGACAUGGCAAUGGUAUGGAAUUGAGGAACAAAAAGGAAUGUGGUACCUGAUUCGGUAGAAAAUAUUAGAAGCGGUGAAAAGAGGCUAUGCUUAUCAUCCAACUUUCUUGAGUUCGAAACCGAUGAGGACAUGAAAAAACAUCAUAACAGCAAGAUUAUGAAAGAACUAAGCAACAUUCCAGGCUUAUUAUUGAACCACACUGUUAAUACUGAACAAGUUUGCUUCACUCCAGAAGUGAAACAAAUUAACCAUGAUGAUCAUUCUUCUGGUGAGCUACGCUGCAGUGCUUGUGAAAAGAUAUAUACUGAAUAUAUUUUGUUGAAUGAUAGUAGAGCAUCACAUUUAGCUGUUGAAACAGCACAACAGGACUCGGCUUUGUGGACCUCGCAACGCAAAUUAAGAAUAACUGGGAGUACGGCAGGCUCCGUACCAAAAAAGGAGACAACUGAUGUGUCACGUUGGAUACAAGACCAUAUGCAGCCUCGCUUUCAUGGUAACAAA